UCAGUGUUUCACACGUGCCAAGUCAAAUCGCAAUUGAACAAUUCUCCCAGGAAAAAAACAAAAGGUCAGAGAAUCCACUGGCUGCGCCAUUUCGCCGACGAGAGAAGCGUUGAAGAUCAUCUUUCGAGUCGCCGGAAGUGACCUGAGAUCAAACGCCUUUGCUCAUCUUCAUCAUGUGGAGAAGAAUCGUCUCUUCUAAUCUCAAAAGCCUAGCUACAGCAUCCGAUUUCGCGGUUGCUUCUUCCUCUCGCCGAUUCGUCGUCUCCAAGCCCGUUGGUCUCCAUCUCUCCACCAAUCGAUCAACAAUUUCCGCUUCUUCAUCUCUUUUAUCUCGCCAUUUCAGCUCCGAGUCAGCAGGAACAUCUGUAAAGAAGAAUGUGGAGGAUGUUAUGCCUAUUGCUACUGGACAUGAAAGAGAGGAGCUUGAAGCUGAGCUUGAGGGAAGGAGGCUGCUUGACAUCGACUACCCUGAAGGUCCUUUUGGUACUAAGGAAUCUCCCGCUGUCGUAAAGUCCUACUAUGACAAGAGAAUUGUCGGAUGCCCUGGUGGUGAAGGCGAGGAUGAACACGACGUCGUAUGGUUCUGGCUAGAGAAAGGAAAGUCAUUUGAAUGUCCAGUGUGCUCUCAAUACUUCGAGCUCGAAGUGGUUGGUCCAGGCGGACCACCAGAUGGUCACGGUGACGACGAAGACCACCACCAUUAAUUCCAGUGUUAUCUCAACCGCAAAAAAAUUCUUCUAUUUUGGUGAGUGCAAUAAAUAUUUCUCGCUGGUGAAAAAUGAAAACACUUGAAUAUGUUUUUUGAUCCUCGAGAGGACACCACCAAUAUGCCUCUAGACUCUUAACCCUUUUUGCUUUAAAAUACUCGUGAGCCUUUUGUUUUUAUGAAUGAUUCUCGAGUCAGAAUCAUUCCUCUUUUUUGAAUUAUAAUAUAUAGUUUUGGUGUUCAUGAUGUGUAUGUUUUGUGGUAAAAAAAAAUGCCUAGAGAACCCCUGAAAUCCAA